AUGGUUGACAACAUUCAGAACAAGGUUAUAAUAAGGGAAUAUAAUGAAGACAGAGAUAUUCAAGUGGUGGGGAAACUAGAGAGGAACUGUGACAUAUUAGCUUCUAACUUUAACAAAGAGCUCUCCAUAUUCACAAACAUUGUCGGUAAUCCCUUGUGUAGAAUCAGGUUCUACCCUUCUCAUGUAGUGUUGGUUGCUGAAGUAGAGGAAAUUGGAGAGCUUGUUGGUGUGGUAAGAGGAUGCAUUAAGUGUGUGGGAACUAAACAAAGAGAAAAUUAUGUUAAUUUGGGCUGCAUAUUAGGCCUUCGCGUCUCUCCUAGAUACAGGAGGAUGGGGAUUGGCUUAAGACUGGUCAAGUCAAUUGAGGAAUGGUUGAUAAAGAAAGGAGCAAAUUACACUUUCACAGCCACAGAGAAAAGCAAUGUAGCAUCUACCAAUCUCUUCACCAUCAAAUGCAAUUACACGAGUUUUGGUUCUUUGGUCAUUUUUGUUCAACCAGUUGGGGUAAACAUGAAAGGUCUCCCUCAAACUAUGAAGCUAAAGAAGCUUAAAGUAGAGCAGGCGAUUCACUUGUACAAGGAUAAAUUUAAAGCUAAAGACAUAUAUCCAGCAGACAUUGAUGAGAUUUUGAAAGAUGAGUUGAGUUUAGGCACGUGGGUUUCUUACUUCAAAGAAGAAGAAGAAGAAAAAUGGAUCAAUGAAGAUAAUAUAAUCACUGAAACACCAGGAUCUUGGGCUAUGUUUAGCAUUUGGAACUCUUGUGAAGCAUACAAGCUUCAGUACCUAAGAAAGCCUCACCCAUUCAAGUUUCUUCUAAGCCAGGCAAGAGAGAUCAUUUUUUCUUGCCUUAAAUUGCCAAUGUGCGAUUCACUGGAAGAGCCAUUUGGGUUUCUUUUUCUCUAUGGAAUUUUUGGAGAGGGAGAGAGGUUGCAGGAGCUCAUGGAAUGUAUGUGGAAUUUUGCGUCGGGAUUGGCUAAAACUGUGAAAGAUUGCAAGGUGAUUAUCACUGAGCUAGGGCUCUCUGAUCCUCUCAUGGAGCAUUUUCCCCAAGAAUCCUUCAUUUCCUGCAUCAAUGAUCUCUGGUACUUGAAGAAAGUGAUUGAACAAGAUGCAGUGAAUGAUGAUGAUGACCAACUUGGGUUGCUGGGGCAAGCGGGUGAUGUGUUUGUUGAUCCAAGGGACUUCUAGGGUUCUUAACAUGGAAUGCUUGUAUGAGUGCAUGUGCUUUAUAGGUAAGCUUUUGAAUUCUAAGUUGCCAUCCUCUUCUCAAGUUA